GUCUCUGAUUAUCGCGUUUCCUUCAUCCAGGGCUCCGGACUUAGCUCUUUCUGGCCUUUCGUAACGACGCCCACGCCACUAUUCAGUGGGUCUGUGGUCUCUGCGCUGCCGGGGUUAAUAUAUUCGGCCUCGAAGAACAGCCCACGCAUUCAGCAUAGCCUUGAAUUAUUUCUCCUUCAGCAGUCUUCAUACACCCUUCAGAUGCUGUCUCUGAACUGGAUGGACUGUCAAAGCAGUACAGCUUCGAAAUCGAGCAAUAUUCAAUGAUCCUAACGGGCUCAUCGCUUGCGUCUUGAGGAAAGCGCGAAAUUUCUCUAAUUCAUUCCAUUGCUGGAUGGGUUACAACAUCUUCAAAGGUGUUUGCUAGGGACCUUUGGGUGGAAAAUGGCCGGGCCGUGGCAAAAUUAUCCGCAAAGUUUUGGUGUGUACCCAAGCUACUAUACGACUUCGCAGAAUGCGCCGGACUUCACCCCAACCGCGGGGUUCUAUGGCAAUGUGUUGCCUUUCCAACAACCCGUUCUCGAGCGCCUACACACAGGUAUCCCGGAAUUUGAAGAUUUGAGCCGUCCCGUUAUACCACCUCAGGCCUCAAACAGAAUACGACGAAGGGUGAAUGCGGGUGGCGAGCAUGUCAAAUUCAGGCGGACAAGAAGCGGUUGUUAUACUUGUCGCAACAGAAGGGUCAAGUGUGACGAAACCAGGCCGAUAUGUGAACGCUGUCGGAAGGGCAAUCGUGAUUGUGUUUAUCCAGAGCCAGCAUCGAAUACAAAGGCGCGAAGAGAUAGCAACAAGUCUAGGUCAGCAAAAGAAGGCGAUGGUUCGUCGCCAGAUGCUGGUGAGUUCGAGGAUUUGAUCCACGAGGACGACGAUGCUCCAACCUCCGCCAUCGAUGAGCCUGAUAGCGCGACAAGCAACGAAGGUCCUAUAGUAGAACUUAGAGCAUCUUCUGAUCCUCCGCAUCAUGCUCCUGUCGUCAGCCCCUCUUCAUCGUCUGAUGGCCCCAAUGCACUUACGCGGGCGCAAACCAGCACACCAGUAGGCCAAUCUAGUCGAAGUAACAGUCGCCCCAGAGCCAUAGCGGAACUCAAGAUUCAGGAGCUCCCGGAAGAUAUCAGAUUUUACCUACAAUAUGCCAGCACCAAGAUGUCUCACCAUCAUUGGGGUGUGCGACUCGACCAUCAACAUUUUUUUCGACGGACUAUGAUAGAAUUAGCUUUAAGAUAUGACCCUUUGCUCUACGCAUUUGUCGGUUUCGCAGCAUACCAUUGUACCAUUGAAAAGCCGGACGGAGUAUUAAGAGACUUCUUGGGCUACUACCAAAAAUCAGUCACACUACUUAGACAAACUUUUAAACAGAAGCCUACAAUUGCUACUAUUCUGACCAUACUUCAGCUUGCCACAAUUGAGGAGUAUCUAGGAGACUGGGUCAACCUCAUGAACCACCAGACGGCAGCCUUGACGCUCAUCACCACACUAUACACGCCCGAGAAAAUGUGCGCGCACGAAAGUCUUAGAAAAGUUUUUCAAUGGUACGCACGCUUUGACGUGUUUGUGGGAAUACUGUCCGGUGCGGCCUCACAGCUGGGAAGAGAGUGGUUCGCAAGUCAACUGGACUUCUAUCAAAAGCAGUGCGAAGAGCAUCCAGAAUCGCUAACAUGGAAGUACGAAGAGAGGUACGCAUGGGCUAGGUUGACCGGCUUCGACUUGCGUGCUUUCAUGAGGAAAAAAGCGCUUGGGGAACUAAGCGAGGAAGAUUUUACCAAGCAAUUAGCUGUUUUUGAGGAUCAGGUCGAAAAUAUCUACACAAACAUCCACCCGAUGCUGAGAGACGAUAGCAAACGUCUUGAAGACAUUUCGGAAGGGCGCACGAAGAGCCCAGACGACAUCGUAGACCCCUACGAACCCAACGUGUUAUACGGCGGCGAGUUAUUCGACACCAACUUAGUGAUUCACGACAUGAUCAGCUUCGAAAUGCUCUACAAGAACAUGAUAGCAUCUACCACUGGCAAAUUUGAUCUUGGCGAGAUACGUGCGACCUGUUUACGAGAGUGCCAGCUCUACAAAGCUGUCACAUUAUAUUCUGGUUCCCCGCCAGGAAUCAGAUUCGGCAUGCAGGCGGGACUUGCGCUCUGUAUCUUGUUUCUACGGGCAAACGAGAAGGAGAUAUGGUGGGCUCGGAAACAGUUCGCCGAGAUUGAGGCAAAGGGAUACACGUAUCCAGUCGGUCUUCGAACACGGCUAGAAACGUUGUGGGGACUCGAUCUUUCGAACUGGUGGCUGCCCGGAGAGCAGCCUCGACUUGUCAAGCAGAUUCGAGAAUUUGUACGAUCGGAGCCGAGCGGCGACAAAGAAACGAGUUUGUACGAACUGAGGGGAAUUUUUACGGCCCUCCAACUUGAAAAUGCCUCCAGUCCUGACAGUUUGACUGGAACCAGCCCCUUGAUCAGCGAAAGGCCGGGCAUUGGUCGAGCGUCAUCGGCGCGAAGCAUGGCUGCCUUUAGCAGCGCGCAUUCAGAUGAUGCGCAAUUCGACUUUGACAUGCUGGCCGCGCAUGACCGCAACCAAGCCCUUGGAGAAAGUCCGGAUUUUGAAUGGACAUGAGCGACUUUGAUUCAAAAUCUCCUCACAAUUGUACUAUUCUAGGAACAUGUAAGAUUAUCAAGGAUAGGGGUUUACCAAGAAGCCCUAGCAUGAAGCACAUCAUUUUGCGAUCGUGAGUUGCGGUAGCCUGGUCUCCCUCCCCCACCACCCCCUUCCUUCAAGGGGAGAUGCGUGUGCAUGAGGGCAAAAGCAUGAAGGGAAAAAAAGGUUAGGUUCGCGAGAUGUUUCUCUUGAGUCGCAUAGCUGCAUCCGAAUCCCGCUCUCUCAUGAAGUCUGUUUGGUUGACAGCUCGAGUAGAGAUUGGCGGGAAAUUCGACCAACAAUAUCCAGUGCCAUGACUGUCCAAGUGCAAAUCAUUCUUUCGAUCGACCGCACGCAAAAGGCUAGCCCAUCCAGAAGGGCGCCGGCGAGUUGGGGCUCACGGGGGCCAGGGUGCUGGUCUCACCAUGCAGCAGUCAGUGCUUCGAGAAUCCGUGGGGCGUACAAGGGCUGCUGCUGAAGAACGCAGGCUAGAAGGUGACCACAGACGCAGCUGUGAUCAAGCGUCAGAAGAGGGUGACUCGAGGCGGGACCGGCGGGUGUCAAAACUGCAGAACCGUUGGGGGCAACAAUUUUUGGACGAUUUGGCAACAGGUGCCGCCCGCAGCGUGUGCGCCACAAACAGUCCCGC